AUUGUAGAAGACGGAAGCAAAUCGAGUCUCUGUUUAUGGAGCUGCCACAGCUACGAGUAACUCCCAACGAUGACAGUCGUUUUCAAUUGACACUUCAACUUGCCAACAAUCCAGAAUCGCCACUCUCACCUUCUUCGUCCAUGAACAGCAACCAUCAUUCACCAGGGCAUAACGACUCAACAUCAAGCGCAAGGCCUUCAACAGCAACAUUAACCAUCUAUCUGCCGCCAGGAUUUCCUGAGGACGAGCCCAGGCUCACUAUUCAGCCAACAGUCCGACACCUUUGGGUUAAUGGGGCGACAACACCCUGUACAGUGACCGGACAUGAACGACUGAUGCCUGGCGGCUGGUCCACUCAUGCGAACCUAGGCAGGAUUGUCAAGGAGAUUGUCGCCAAUAUUCAGAGGACAGGCGUUCUUGUAGGCGGUGGAAGCAGCGACGACGUAACGACUAUGAACAACCAUAAUACCCACAAUGGCGGCAACACCAACGCCAACCCAGCUUAUGAAGAGUACUCACAUAAACCACCACCGCCCAUUCCAGGAAUCCGAUCCAAGAGCCUUGGUCAGUUUGGUAAUCAUUCUUCAACAUCUUAUUCGAAUGUAAACGGCUCUCACUAUCACCAUACGGGUCAAGGAGGAGCAUCGUCGUCUGGUGGUUACAUGAGUUCUUCAAGUUCAGGAGAAGAUACAUCGGGCCACCAUGCUCAGGCCCGGUCGAAUAACGUCACUAAUUCAGGUGUUUAUGGGACGACCCUAUCACCGGAGGCACGCCUUGUCAUGGAGCUCUCGGCGGAACAAAUCGAUGAACUGUUGGAAAGUCCUAUUGCGUUCGAGCACUUUUUCGAUCAGUUGGAGGUCGUUGUUAACAGCCGGACACUCAAGCGGGAGUGGUGGCAUGGGAAUGAUAAUGUCGCUCGUCGCACGUUGAUGCUGGAGUCAGAAAUGGCGGAACUUCAAAAGAGCACAGCGGAGGGCCACGAAAUAGCGAAGCAGCUUCAAAAGACAUUGGAGGAGAGGCUUCAACAACAACAAGACGCACUUUGGCGAUUCAAACCAGAGACGCUUCAGUCAAAACUACGGGCAGCAGCAGCAGAGUCGGACGAACUGUCGGAAUCUGUGUCAGAAUCAUUUUGGGAGGGCAAGUUGGACCAGGAGAGCUUCAUCCGACAGUAUCGGGACCUGAAGAAGGUGUAUCACCUGAGGAUGAUGAAGAAUGAGAGAAUCGAGUCCAUCCUUCGAAGCCAUCCUUCUAGCACGGGUACUGGAUCUGGGCAAGAUGGGCCAGGAUCAACAGCAAACCCUGGAUCUGCGGCAGGAGCGGGUUCAAGUGUAGGGAUGAGAGGCGACGGAGGAGGGAUAGGAGCCGGAUCAGGGACGGGAUCAGGAGGGGCUGGAGGGUCAUCUGGAUCAGCGGGAGCCGCGAGUGAUCCCUGGGUGAUGCUCUGAUCACGUCAACUGCUCCGAGAGUAAAAUAAAAUAAAGACAAAAAGAUAAACCUUC